GGUGGCGGCGGCGGCGGCGGAGGCGGCGGCGGCGGCGGGAAGAAAGAUUCGAUCACCUACCGGGAAGUUUUGGAGAGCGGACUGGCGCGCGCCCGGGAGUUGGGGGCCUCGGACUCCAAUCUGCAGGACAUAACGGACGCCGGCGGCCACUGCCCGGUGCAUUUGUUCAAAGACCACGUGGAGAGCGACAAGGACAAGCUGAAGGACUUUGAAAGCCCCCGAGUCUCAGCUGGGAUCCAUCCUCCGAGGUUCAGAGUUCAGACGCAUAAAGUCUGGUUCCAGAACCGGAGAGCCAAGUGUCGCAAACAAGAGAACCAGAUGCAU